AUGUUUCUAAACAUCUCCGACCCUGGUAUCUUGCACCAAGGUGAGCUCUCGGGCCCCUGGGAGAAGGAGGCCAGUGAUGCUGCGGGGCGGCCCUCACCCCGGCAGCAGCAGUGUGACGAAGGGCUCCUGCCGCUGCCCAAUCCUCUUCCCAUGCCAGGCUCCAACGAACAGGGCCCCAGGACGGUGCGUGUGGUUUGGGCGAAGCACAUAGCCUUCCGCCUGCAGUGGUGCCCACAGUGCUGCUUCCACCGCCCGCCGCGGACCUACCACUGCCCCUGGUGCAACAUCUGUGUGGAGGACUUCGACCACCACUGCAGGUGGGUGAACAAUUGCAUAGGUCACCGGAACUUGGGCUUGUUCAUCCUGCUCCUCCUGUGCCUAUGCUUGUACUUGGGCUCCAUGCUUGUCACCUGCAUGGUCUUCCUCCUGCGCACCACCCACCUGCCCUUCUCCAUUGACAAGGUCAUCGCGUAUCCACCAGGCUGCAGGGUCCACUUGGCGAGCUGUGGGCAGGGCGAGGACAGCCGAAGGGCGGGGUCCCGGGGGCGGGCGAGUGGUGGGCGGGGUUAG